CUUGGGUGUUGAAAAUGGGAGGCACAUGGACUUCAUCACCUGCUGAGUCUCUCUCUGUUCUUCUCUUACUCUGUUUCUAUAGCUCACUAGUUUCUGCAAAUUACAUAAAGUACAACACUGGGGCUAGUGCUGUGCAAGGAAAAUUGAAUGUUCACCUGGUUCCGCAUUCUCAUGAUGAUGUUGGUUGGCUGAAGACCGUUGAUCAAUACUUUGUUGGAUCAAACAAUUCUAUUCAGGGGACGUCCAUUGAGAAUGUGCUGGAUUCGGUGGUUGCAUCUCUUCAGAAAGAUCCAAACAGAAAGUUUGUGUUUGCAGAGAUGGCAUUUUUCCAUCGAUGGUGGGUAGAACAAAGUCCUGAAACACAAGAGCAAGUGAAAAAGCUUGUGAAUGCUGGGCAGCUAGAAUUCGUAAAUGGUGGUUGGUGUAUGCACGAUGAAGCUGCGACUCAUUACAUAGAUAUGAUUGACCAAACAACAUUAGGUCAUCGCUUCAUUAAGGACCAGUUUAACAUAAUCCCACGUGCUGCUUGGCAGAUUGAUCCUUUUGGACACUCUGCUGUCCAGGGUUACUUACUAGGAGCUGAGAUUGGGUUUGAUUCUGUACACUUUGCUAGGAUUGAUUAUCAGGACAGAGCUAAACGCAAAAAUGAAAAAACACUUGAAGUUAUUUGGCGUGGGUCCAAAACAUUUGGUUCUUCAUCUCAGAUUUUCACAAAUACAUUUCCCGUUCAUUAUAGUCCUCCAAACGGGUUCAAUUUUGAUGUCACGAAUGAUGAGGGUUUUGAUCCCUUACAGGAUGAUCCUCUUCUCUUCGAUUCCAAUGUUGAAGAGCGAGUCAAGGACUUCAUUAGUGCUGCUACUACCCAAGCAAAUGUGACAAGGACAAAUCAUAUCAUGUGGACAAUGGGUGAUGAUUUCCAGUACCAAUAUGCAGAGUCUUGGUUUAAGCAAAUGGAUAAAUUUAUUCACUAUGUUAAUAAGGAUGGUAGAGUGAAUGCCUUAUACUCUACUCCAUCUAUUUAUACCAAUGCCAAAAAUGCUGCAAAUCAAUCAUGGCCGCUCAAAACUGACGACUACUUUCCGUAUGCUGAUAGACCAAAUGCUUAUUGGACAGGCUAUUUCACUAGUCGCCCUGCCUUAAAGCGAUAUGUUAGGAUUCUAAGCGGAUACUAUUUGGCAGCGCGUCAACUUGAAUUUUUCGCCGGGAAGAAAUCAGAUGCAUAUCGUCCUUUUGGCAUUGGAGAUGCUCUAGGAAUUGCACAGCACCAUGAUGCUGUCAGUGGCACAGCCAAACAACAUACAACUGAUGACUAUUCCAAACGUUUGGCUAUUGGAGCCUCUAUGACUGAAGCAGUUGUUAGUUCUUCAUUGGCUUGUCUUGCUAGUAAGCAAUCAGGUGAUCAAUGUUCAGCACCGGCAUCGGCAUUUUCCCAGUGUCAAUUACUUAAUAUCAGUUACUGCCCUCCAACAGAAGACACUAUUCCAGAUGCUAAGAGCUUGGUAGUAGUGGUGUAUAACCCACUUGGAUGGAAUCGUACCGAUAUAGUUAGAAUACCAGUUAAUGAUGCUAAUCUUGUUAUCAAAGAUUCGUCGGGCAAUAAACUUGAAGCACAAUAUGUGGAUGUGGAUGUGGAUGAUGUUACAGCAAACUUAAGAAAAUUGUAUGUGAAGGCCUAUUUGGGGCUGUCAGUGGAUAAAGCCCCGAAAUACUGGCUUCUGUUUCAGGUGUCAAUACCUCCACUUGGAUGGAGUACAUACUUCAUUUCUGAAGCAGCUGGAAGAGGGAAAAGGAGAAAAGGAGAUCUCUCAAAACUGAGCAGUAGAAACGGUGCGAACAUUGACAUAGGGCCGGGAAAUUUGAAAAUGUCCUUUUCUUCAACCUCUGGACAACUCAAUAGGAUGUAUAAUUCCAAAACUGGAGUUGAUAUUCCAAUUCAACAAAGCUACCUCUGGUAUAGUUCUAGCGACGGUAAUGAUGUGGAUCCUCAGGCUUCGGGUGCAUAUAUAUUCCGGCCUAGUGGAAACUCUCCAAGUAUUGUUUCAAGAUCUGUGCCCUUCAAGGUAAUCCGUGGACCGCUAGUUGAUGAGGUUCAUCAAAACUUUAGUUCUUGGAUUUACCAGGUUACUAGGCUUUACAAGGACAAAGACCAUGCUGAGAUUGAAUACACUAUUGGUCCAAUUCCUACUGAUGAUGGAGUUGGAAAAGAGGUAAUCACACGGAUGACAGCAAAUAUGGCCACAAAGAAGGAGUUUUAUACUGAUUCUAAUGGGCGAGAUUUUCUGAAGAGGGUGCGAAAUUUUAGGGAAGACUGGCCCCUUCAAGUUAAUCAACCUGUAGCUGGAAACUAUUACCCACUUAAUCUUGGAAUUUACACUAAGGAUGACAAAUCUGAAUUCUCAGUCUUAGUUGAUCGUGCCACUGGUGGAUCCAGCAUCAGUGAUGGUGAGGUGGAAUUGAUGCUUCAUAGGCGGCUUCUCGAUGACGAUGGCAGAGGAGUAGCGGAACCACUUGAUGAACAAGUUUGUGUGGAGAAUAAAUUGAAUAAUACAUGUGAAGGACUAACAGUUAGAGGAAAUUAUUAUGUCGGUAUCCACAGUUCCGGAGCUGGUUCACGCUGGCGCCGAACAACUGGCCAGGAAAUUUACUCGCCGCUCUUAUUGGCUUUUACACAUGAGAACUUGGAAAAUUGGAAGUCGUCUCAUUUGACUGAAGGAACUGUCAUGGAUCCAAAUUACACCCUCCCUCCUAAUGUUGCUCUGAUAACUCUCGAGGUGUUGGAUGGCGGAGUUGUUCUUCUCCGUUUGGCGCAUCUAUAUGAGACAAAUGAAGAUGCUGAGUAUUCAACUCUGGCCAAAGUUGAACUGAAAAAGUUGUUUGCCUCUAAAACGAUAAAAGAGUUGAAGGAGGUAAGUUUAUCUACUAACCAAGAGAAAUCAGAAAUGAAGAAGAUGACAUGGAAGGUUGAAGGGGACAUAGGCAAAGAACCUCAAGCAGUUAGGGGUGGAGCUGUAAGAACCACCGAUUUUGUUGUUGAGCUUGGUCCCAUGGAAAUUCGUACUUUCUUGUUGAAAUUCUAAAUUAAAAGGAAACAAACUCAAUUCAUCAUUGAUGAUGUUAUUUGAAGAAAUCAAGAUGUUUUUAAUUUCAGUUUGCAGAAAUAUUAUCUUGGCAAGAAGAAAAUCAAAUUCUCAUUGAUUGAAAUGAUCGAAAUGAA